GAGGUGAUGAGUGACGGUGGUGCCGACUGCAGAGCUGGACCUGGGCUCUAACCUGAUAGAGAGAGAGAGAGAGAGAGAGAGAGAGAGAGAGAGUGUAUGAUAGAGAGAGAGAGAGAGAGAGAGAGAGAGUGUGUGAUAGAGAGAGAGCAGAGUGCGCGCGAGAGAGUGACGGUGCCUAUACUUUGUAGUUGCAGAGCUCCGCGUGAGACAGGUGAGAUGAUGCUGCUCGGGUUUUCAAAUUUGCAGAUGCCGACAGAUGUGCCGACAGAAGACGACAGAAGGCUCCACGCGGAGGAGGAAGAGAGCAAGUGUGACAGCAUGACUCUGUCCAGCACGCCGACCGUCCGCAGAGGCAGCACCCCUCUGCCCAUCAAACACCAGCUCAGACGAGAAGAAGCCGUCCACGAUGACUGCGACUGGGCGUCGGGGGCGGCGGGACCCUCGGCAUCCCCGAUCAGAUUCACCCCGGCGCUGGACGACACCCUGACCAUUUCUGUGGAGAGCCGACCUGAGGGGCCUCUGAGGGUCGCCCUGCUGGGGCAGAACGGCGUGGGGAAGUCGUCUCUGGCCCUCGCUUUGGCGGGGGACAUGGACCGUGCUGCGUCUGUGGAUUCUGAAGGGGAGGGUUAUGUACGCACAGUCACUGUGGACGACGAGGACAGCACCAUCAUUAUCUAUGACAACUGGAGACAGGACCUGUCAGCUCUGCUGUGUGAGGUGUGCGUCCUCGUCUUCUCUGUGACUGACAGGCGGAGUUUCCAUCGCACCGCUCAGCUGAGACUCCUCCUGAGAGAGAAUCAGCCCCAAACUCCCAUCAUCCUCGUCGGUAAUAAGAGCGACCUCGUUCGCACACGUGAGGUCACCGCUCAGGAAGCGAUGUCCAGCGCCGCCCUCUACAACUGCCUCUACCUGGAGAUCUCCGCCUCUCUGGACCACCGCACACCCGAGCUCCUGGAGUGCGCCGUUCGACUAGCGAGGGGUCAGCCCCCGUGGCCCCCGGGCGCCACCGCGGAGGACAUGAUGAGCGGCGGCCAACGCGAGAGCAUGACCACCAAGGCCAAACGCUUCCUGUCCAGCCUGGUGCCCCGGUACCCGAGAGAGCGAGAGGUGGGCAAGUUCCUGAGGCAAAAGUCCCGCUCGUGCCACGACCUGGGGGCGCUGUGAUUGGACAACGACGGGAGGUUGAUGGUUAUAUUGUUGAGAGAAAAGAAUACCAACUAAGAGAGUGAAGGAAA